CGCCCAAUGAUCGCGGUGCAGCAUCCCGCGCCAGCAGCCGCAGCGCCCGCCGAGCAGAGCCAGACCAUGACCCAGCAGCCACCCCCUCCGUGGGGCUAUUCCAAGGAGAACGGGCCUGAUCGUUGGCAUGAAACUUACCCAUUGGCCAAAGGAAAUAAUCAGUCGCCAAUUGCAAUCCUUACCAAAGAUGUCUUUAAAGACCCUGUUCUUCUGCCUUGGUUUACGGGUUAUGAUCCAGGCGCAUCUAAGACCAUAAAAAACACUGGGAAAACUUGCCGGAUUGCCUUCGAUGAUACCUUUGAUCGCUCAGUAUUGAGGGGUGGACCGCUCCAAGGAAUUUACAGGCUGCGUCAGCUCCACAUCCACUGGGGUUCUACAGAUGACAAAGGCUCUGAGCAUGUUGUGGAUGCAACAAGGUAUGCAGGAGAGAUUCAUGUGGUACACUGGUAUUCAAAGUACAGUAAUUAUGCAGAUGCUGUGAGAAAACCAGAUGGUGUGGUUAUUUUGGCCAUUCUUCUACAAAUAGGGAAGACUCCCAAGCCAGAAAUGAAGAGAAUCCUUGAAGAAAUACAUAAUAUUAAGACAAAGGGAAAAGAGGCUCCUUUUCCAAACUUUGAUCCAUCAAUUCUUUUCCCUAAAAACCGGAGCUAUUGGACCUACCAAGGGUCCUUCACCACACCUCCUUGUGAAGAGUGUGUUACGUGGAUUCUUUUGAAAGAGCCUAUUAUUGUCAGCGAGGACCAGAUGGAAAUGCUUCGUAGCCUUUCUAGCAAGUCUGCAGAUGAACCCCACUGCCCUUUGGCGGACAACUGGCGGCCUCUUCAACCUCUCAAUAACAGGAUGGUGAGAACUCCAUGCCAAUAGAAUCUUUGCAGAAGUCCAUGCUCUUCAAGUCCACACUCAUUUUAUAUACUAUCUACUGUUCUUCAUCUGGAUCUGUGCUGCUGAGCCAGAAACUGUGCAAUGAAACAGGACAGGUUAUUAAAUAAAUAUAAUCUCUAGAGGACAAAAAAAAAUCUUGCAGCAAAUUAUGUUAAAAUAGAGCAUCUAUGUAUGUAAUCUUUGUUAAUACAAGCAUUUGUAUGAACAAUUCUAUGGACAAAAAGGUCACCCUCUCAUUAUUUACUUCUUUCGAGAUUAAGAGUGCAAUCCAAAGCAGAGUUACACCAGUCUAAGCCCAAUGAAAUAUGUA